AUGGGCACAUCCAGUUACAUAACUCAAAGACACAGAUAUACAAAUGUAAACAAACAUCCACUCCGACCAGCUGAAGAAACGGAGUUCUCUUCAGACUUUAUUUACAACCUGAUGGACAGGGUGAGACCCAUAGAACAACUGUGCAAUACGAUCCACAAAAAUCACGAUAGCAGAAAUUUAGGAUUAACAAUAAUGUACGAAAUCACGGAGUGUAAUCAUACGCCCGGCAAGGCUGUGUCACGAUCGACAACUACCGAUAUUUUACUCAUUUUCAGUUAUACGUUCGAGAAAUCUCAGGAAUUUCAAUGUCACUUUCAUGGUCCUUGGGUUAAGCAAAGCAGAGUUUUACGAGGGCGAGUACCAAUGGGUAUCGACUCUCCACCAAAAGCCUGGGAUUCCCUUGAAGAAGAACAACUUGAAGCUCUCCGCAAGGCCUUCAACUCCUUCGACGAGGGCCAAGGAUCCAUCACCGGAGAGACCGUGGGCAUCAUCUUGAGGAAUGGCAUCAAGAUCUCCGAGAAGAACCUGCAGGAGGUCAUCGCCGAGACGGACGAGGAUGGAUCUGGCCUUCUUGAGUUCGAGGAAUUCGCUGAGCUCGCCGCCAAGUUCCUGAUGGAGGAGGACGAGGAGGCGCUGAAGAAGGAACUCAAGGAAGCCUUCCGAUUUUACGAUAAGGAGUGCAACGGAUACAUCGACAACUCGAAACUCCGAGAGAUCCUCCAGGAGUUGGACCCGAGGUUAACGGAGGACGACCUCGACGCCAUCAUUGAGGAGGUCGAUUCAGACGGCUCGGGAACGCUCGACUUCGACGGUAAGGAGGCAGGAGGGAGGUCGAGGGAGGAGGGAGAGGAA